AUGCUGUUGCAAAGGGAAUGGAAUGGAACUUGUGGCCCCUUGACAACUCUAAAGAGGUCCGAAUUUAACCAUCAUGCUGUAAAAAAGAGAUCUUUAUUUAUGAUGCAUAAGAAACUUUCUAUGGUUAGGUUUCGGUAUAGAAUUAAAAAAUCCCCAGAACUUCGAGCAAGAGGCAAAACCUGCAAAUUGAGAAAAAUCAAGCCAAGGUGGGUGGAGAAAGUUACGAGGGACCAUCAAGAGACGCUCCAGCGGGAUUUUGAAAGUGGAUUGUGUAAUUGGCUUUCCUACUGGAAUUCUAAAAGUAACUGUCUUUGGAAUCGGUACAGCUUACCAGAUAUGAACAAUAAUACACCCAAAUCUUUAGGUGAGGAGAAUGAAAUAUGUGCACCUGAGAUCUGCCAAACGUGGGAUGCAUUACCGUGUGCUGAGCCAUGUUCUGAGGAGGCAGAAUCCAGAGGGCAGGAUGGCAGUGGGGAUGCUGUCCCACCAGAACUGCAUGCUAGAGCUUCUCCGGAGGCAGAGACCUUGCACCAGGUGGAGACCAAUGGGGCUCUGGCAGAGGAUCAGUGCUCUGACAUUUUUGUCUCUGUGACAGGAAAAGAAAUCGCUGUUUCAGGUCAAGAUGACACAGAAUCUAAUGAGAUUAUGGGUGUAGAUGGAAUGAUGCUGUUGCAAUCCUCCUUGCCCGAUUCUGAUGUCGAUGAUUUUGCAAACGGACCUUUAUCCAUGGAGCUGGCACAAAAUGAGGACAGCUCUAGCCAAAUGGAAGUAGAGGGCUCCUUAAACCUGGACAUUUUUAGUGCAAAGUUACUAGAUCACCCUUACUGUAAAAGUCCUCUUGAGGAGCCUUCACCAGAAAGCACAGGACUAAAAUCAGGAACUCGGAAGGGAGGCAAAAGGAACAGUCAGAAAAUUUCCCGGGUGGCUGACGAGCAGUUGGCAACGUGGCUUUGUGGAUUCCUAGAUGAAGUUAUGAAGAAAUAUGGCAGUUUAGUUCCACUCUGUGAAAAAGAUGUCAUGGGAAGAUUAAAAGAAGUCUUUAAUGAAGAUUUCUCCCAUAGAAAACCUUUUAUCACCAGGGAAAUCAUGAAGUAUCGGGAAAAACAUCCAAAAACCUCCACUUGCAAUUUCCGGGUCUUCUAUAAUAAGCACAUGCUAGAUAUGGAUGAUUUAGCUACACUGGAAGGCCAGAACUGGCUGAAUGACCAGAUAAUUAACAUGUAUGGUGAACUCAUAAUGGAUGCAGUCCCUGAAAAGGUUCAUUUCUUUAACAGCUUUUUUCAUAGACAGCUCGUAACCAAAGGAUAUAAUGGGGUAAAACGAUGGACUAAAAAGGUGGACUUGUUCAAAAAGACUCUCUUAUUAAUUCCCAUUCACCUGGAAGUCCACUGGUCCCUCAUUACUGUGAACAUCCCCAAUCGAAUUAUUUCGUUUUACGAUUCUCAAGGCAUUCAUUUUAAGUUUUGUGUAGAGAACAUUCGAAAGUAUUUGUUGACUGAAGCAAAAGAGAAGAAUCACCCCGAGUUUCUUCAGGGUUGGCAGACUGCUGUGACAAAGUGCAUUCCACAACAGAAAAAUGACAGUGACUGUGGGGUUUUUGUGCUCCAGUACUGCAAGUGCCUCGCCUUAGACCAGCCUUUUCAGUUCUCCCAGGAAGAUAUGCCCCGAGUGAGAAAAAGGAUUUACAAGGAGCUGUGUGAACGCCAGCUAACAGAAUAAUAAAAUGCAGCCAACCUAAUUUCUCUGGCAUUUCUGACAAGUUGCAGCUGGUGUUUGUGUACUUGAAUUCUGAAAACUUCCGUGAAUUUUGGGCGAUUCUCAGCUGAGUGGUGUGGCCACUGUUGUUACCUCAAUUUUUUGACAAGCUCUUUAACUGGCAGAACAUAAAAGAGCUGCCAUAAAAUAUUCCUUAUGUCAGUUUGAUUCUCUUAUGUUCUUUCCUGUAUUUAAUAUUUAUUAUCUCAGCAUGCAUAUAGGCAAAGCAUGCAACUAAAAUCAUAAAACUGUAGAUUUGGUGCACCUUUGAGAUGUAGCUAGAAAUGACAAAUACAGGUGAUUUUGUCUGGAAACAUUAAGAUGCAUGAUAUGUUUUCUGAUGCAAUAAUGCUUUGAAUGUAUUGAAAAAAAUCAAUGCCAUAAAAAGAACAGCUAGAACCUAUUUGAUAGUUCCAUUGUCCCUGUUGUGGCUGUAUGAUACUGAAUUACCACUUUUCAGGGUGGCUAAACUCAUCUACAGAUUUAAUUUGUGGAGACCCCUUUUUUUAAAUAGUUCAAGUUGCUAAUAAAAUUUGUUCUGUUAACAUUUAUCCAUCUGUCAUUAUCAGCCUGUCCCUAGAGAUAAAAAGCAGCCUUUGCACAGCUAAAGCUUCAGCACUUGUCUGUAUAAUAAAAAGUACAAAGGUGUUCAGUCAGAUCGAUGGUAUGUUCCUCUAUGCUGCAGAAGUCUCCAUGAUGUGUGUAUUAAGGAGGAUUACAAAGCUGGCCCUGAAGAGCCACAGCUUAGAUACUAAGAUAAACUCCUUGGCUGUAACUGUUUAAAUCUCAGAUGGCUUUGGGUCUCUUUCCAGUUCCACAAUACGCAAUGAAAUGUACCAUUUCAGCAUCUCUCCCUUCAGCUCUGUCUUCAGAUGAAUUCCCUUCAAGCUUGUCGUGUUUAACCUCCCAUUGGCUUUUGCCUUUGUUCAAAUAUAAAUUAAUUCUUCUCUGCUGCA